CUGCUCUGCCUGGGAGUUGGUAGCUGUCAUUUUCUGGUGCUUAUUAUGUAUGCAGCAAAAGCUGAUCUGAUUGGAUGUAGUAGGACCUAAGGCGAGGGAGCGAGGGAGUGGAAAGGGAGUUCUGCUUGCAGCACUGAAAUGUAAACAGUGGAAAGAAAGACAGAGUAAAAAGCACUUAUGCUCUGAGCAGCAAGCAGCACACUGCAAGAUUUGAUGGCUCUUGUAAUAUACCUUCUGUGUAUCUAUCUGUACACGACUUGAUGAAUUAGCAAAGCUACUUCUGAUAAUCUCUCUUCCGUGGAUUUAAUAUAAGGGGCAACUGGGAUGCACUAGCCUUCUUCGUCACUGCAGCUCCUCUCUGCUCUGCACUGUAGUUCAAACGGGGCAAUGGAAAUGAAUAUGAAGAAGUUCACAGUGCGUAGGUUCUUUUCAGUAUAUCUCCGCAAGAAGUCUCGGUCGAAGAGCUCAAGUUUAAGUAGAUUUGAGGAAGAAGGUAUAGUGAAGGAAAUAGACAUCAGUCAUCAUGUAAAGGAAGGUUUUGAAAAGGCAGAUUCUUCACAGUUUGAGUUGCUGAAAGUAUUGGGGCAAGGUUCCUACGGAAAGGUAUUUCUGGUGAGGAAGAUCAAAGGAUCUGAUGCUGGCCAGCUUUAUGCCAUGAAGGUACUUAAGAAAGCCACUCUGAAAGUUCGGGAUCGGGUGCGAUCGAAAAUGGAGAGAGAUAUUUUGGCAGAAGUGAAUCAUCCUUUCAUAGUCAAGCUUCAUUAUGCAUUUCAAACAGAGGGAAAGUUGUAUCUAAUACUAGAUUUCCUACGGGGAGGGGACCUUUUCACAAGACUCUCCAAAGAGGUAAUGUUUACCGAAGAGGAUGUCAAGUUCUACUUAGCUGAGCUGGCCUUGGCUUUAGACCACCUCCAUAGUCUUGGAAUUAUUUACAGGGAUCUAAAACCAGAAAACAUCCUCCUAGAUGAAGAGGGUCACAUUAAGAUUACAGAUUUUGGCCUGAGCAAGGAGGCCAUUGACCAUGACAAGAGAGCCUAUUCAUUCUGUGGGACAAUAGAGUACAUGGCCCCAGAAGUGGUCAACCGGCGAGGACACACUCAGAGUGCAGAUUGGUGGUCCUUUGGUGUGCUAAUGUUUGAGAUGCUGACAGGGUCAUUACCAUUCCAGGGAAAAGACAGAAAGGAGACAAUGGCUCUCAUUCUCAAAGCCAAGCUAGGAAUGCCUCAGUUUUUGAGCAUAGAAGCCCAAAGUUUGCUAAGAGCCCUCUUCAAAAGGAACCCGUCCAACCGAUUAGGUGCUGGCCUCGAUGGAGUUGAAGAAAUUAAACGGCACCUGUUCUUUGUUACUAUAGACUGGAAUAAACUAUAUAGGAAAGAAAUCAAGCCACCUUUUAAACCAGCAGUGGGACGGCCAGAAGACACAUUUCAUUUUGACCCGGAGUUCACAUCACGGACCCCUACAGAUUCCCCUGGUGUUCCUCCCAGUGCCAAUGCUCAUCAUCUUUUUAGAGGAUUCAGCUUCAUUGCAUCCAGCUUGGUGCAGGAGCCUUCACAGCCAGAUUUGCACAAAAUCACAGUUCAUCCAAUUGUGCAGCAGUUACAUGGGAACAAUAUUCAUUUUACAGAUGGAUAUGAGAUCAAGGAGGACAUAGGUGUUGGCUCCUAUUCAGUAUGCAAGAGGUGUGUGCAUAAAGUAACAGAAGCAGAGUUUGCAGUGAAGAUAAUUGAUAAGAGCAAACGAGACCCCUCUGAAGAAAUUGAGAUUCUCUUGAGAUAUGGGCAGCAUCCAAACAUCAUUACUCUGAAAGAUGUGUAUGAUGAUGGGAAGUAUGUGUACCUGGUGAUGGAGCUAAUGCGAGGAGGAGAGCUCUUAGAUCGAAUCCUUCGACAGAAGUGUUUCUCAGAACGAGAGGCUAGUGCUGUCCUUUGCACCAUUACCAAGACUGUGGACUAUCUGCAUUCCCAAGGAGUUGUGCAUCGAGAUCUGAAGCCCAGUAACAUUCUCUACAUGGAUGAGUCAGGAAACCCAGAUUCCAUCAGGAUCUGUGACUUCGGAUUUGCCAAACAGCUGAGAGCAGAGAAUGGACUGCUCAUGACACCUUGCUACACAGCCAACUUCGUAGCCCCUGAGGUCCUGAAACGACAAGGUUAUGACGCAGCCUGCGACGUCUGGAGUUUAGGGAUCCUGUUGUACACCAUGCUGGCAGGAUUCACCCCUUUUGCAAAUGGACCAGAUGACACCCCAGAAGAGAUACUGGCCAGGAUUGGCAGCGGGAAGUAUGCACUUGCAGGAGGAAACUGGGAUUCAGUGUCCGAUGCUGCCAAGGAUAUUGUGUCCAAGAUGCUUCAUGUAGAUCCUCAUCAGCGCCUAACAGCAGUCCAAGUGCUAAGACACCCAUGGAUAGUGAACAGGGAAUAUCUAUCUCAAAAUCAACUCAGCAGACAGGAUGUUCACCUGGUGAAGGGUGCAAUGGCAGCCACAUACUUUGCUUUAAACAGAACACCUCAGGCACCAAGACUGGAGCCUGUAUUGUCCUCCAAUCUGGCUCAGAGGAGGGGCAUGAAAAGACUUACCUCAACAAGGUUAUAGCAGACCCCAAAAAUGCCUCACUGAAACCCACAGUUUGUUAUUCAAGAGGUUCAUCUUUAUUACUCAGUUAACAGAACUUUGGACAACUUGCACAUGAAGUCACCAGAAUCAGCAGAAGUCCAGCAUAAAGGCAAAGUUAUCCUUUACUGUUUUAUAUUUUACAUUCAGGCCAGAAUCCUGAAUCAGCAACUUCUCCAAGAUGUGCCAAUUGCCCUAUUUCCUUAUUGAUUUAAAGCCAAAUAAAAUAGAUUCCCUCCCAACCCCAAGUACUAUUUUCGAAUCCUUAAGAUGUGCCGAGAUCACUUU